UUCAUCAUUUUGGGACAGGUGCAGUCUUUAUUACAAGGGCUUCUGAGUCCCAGCAUCUCUUUUCAUACAUUAAGGAAGGGAGGGAAUGGUUCAUUUGAGGGACUGUGGAUGUGGAAAUGUCUGUCUCCUAAAGGUGGCGCUUAAGAGCUUGAGUGGGGUGGAAAGAGGAGGAGUUCCACUUGUUGGCAGGGCUUAAUAUGAGCGCCUGGAGGGCGCGCUCUCUCUCUCGUUUCUGGCAGGCGGGCUGCUGGUCUCUUGGCAGGUUAUCCGAGAGGCUCAGUCCUUCCUCUGUUCUUUGCAGAGAGCACUUCCUCACCACCCACACCGGUCAAAAGCUGCAGCUGGUUUUAACAAGACUCCAACCAUGCCAAGUUACUCAGUGACAGUGGCAACAGGCAAUCAGUGGUUCGCAGGCACUGAUGAUUAUAUCUACCUGAGCUUGGUGGGUUCAGCCGGCACCAGUGAGCGGCAUCUUCUUGACAAACCCUUCUACAAUGACUUUGAGCGAGGCGCUGUUGAUACUUAUGAUGUGACUGUGGCAGAAGACCUAGGGGAGAUCCAGCUGAUAAAAAUUGAAAAACGAAAAUACUGGUUUCCUGAUGAUUGGUACCUUAAGUAUGUCACUGUAAAAACACCAAUAGGUGAUUAUCUGGAGUUUCCAUGUUACAUGUGGAUUACAGAUGAAAAAGAGGUGGUACUCCGGGAUGGACAAGCCAAGCUUUUCAGAGAUGACAAAACUCAGAUCCUCAAACAUCACAGACGCAAAGAACUAGAGGAUCGCCAGAAGUUGUAUCGAUGGGCAGAAUGGCACCCAGGCUUUCCCUUGAGCAUAGAUGCCAAAUCUCACAAGGAAUUGCCUCGCAACAUCCAGUUUGACAGUGAAAAAGGGGUUGACUUCAUUUUGAACUAUACCAAGGCGAUGGAGAAUCUCUUUGUUAACCGCUUUAUGCACAUGUUCCAGUCUUCGUGGAAUGAUUUUGCAGAUUUUGAGAAGAUCUUUGUCAGAAUUAGCAAUACAAUUUCUGAGUAUGUGAUGCAGCAUUGGCAAGAAGAUUUUAUGUUUGGAUACCAGUUUCUGAAUGGGUGCAACCCUGUAAUGAUUAAAAAGUGCACAGAGCUACCAAAGAAGUUUCCAGUGACCACAGAAAUGGUAGAAUGUAGUUUGGAGAGGAAUCUGACUUUGGAAGAGGAAAUAAAGCAAGGGAAUAUUUUCAUAGUGGAUUAUGAACUUCUGGAUGGUAUCGAAGUAAAUAAGACAGACCCCUGCACAGUACAGUAUUUAGCUGCUCCCAUCUGUUUAUUAUAUAAGAACUUAGAGAAGAAGAUUGUCCCUGUUGCAAUCCAGAUCAAUCAAACCCCUGAGCCAGGCAAUCCUAUUUUCCUCCCAUCAGAUGCCAAGUAUGAUUGGUUACUGGCAAAAAUCUGGGUACGCUCUUCUGAUUUCCACGUGCAUCAGACUGUUACACAUCUCCUUCGGACUCACUUAGUUUCAGAGGUGUUUGCAGUUGCCAUGUUCCGACAACUACCUGCUGUCCAUCCUCUCUUCAAGCUCCUGAUACCUCAUGUACGAUUUACUAUAGCCAUCAACACCAAAGCCCGGGAGCAACUUAUCUGUGAAUAUGGCCUUUUUGACAAGGCAAAUGCUACUGGAGGAGGUGGGCAUGUGCAGAUGGUCCAGCGAGCAAUGAAGCACCUGACUUACAGCUCCCUCUGCUUCCCCGAAGAAUUCAAAACAAGACACAUGGAAAGCAGUGAGGAUGUUCCAUACUACUACUAUCGAGAUGAUGGUAUCAAAGUGUGGGAUGCAAUAAAGAGCUUUGUGAAAGAUGUUAUUGGCAUCUAUUAUGAUAGUGAAGAGAUGGUGUGUGAAGACUUGGAACUCCAGGCCUUUGUGAAAGACAUCUAUGUCUAUGGGAUGAGAGGCAACAAGACCUCAGGAUUUCCAAAGAUCAUCAAGACACGAGAAAAGCUAUCAGAAUAUCUUACUGUAGUGUUAUUCACAACAUCAGCACAACAUGCAGCUGUAAACUUUGGUCAGUAUGACUGGUGUUCCUGGAUUCCCAAUGCCCCUCCAACUAUGCGCUGCCCACCACCUACAGAAAAAGGGAGUGUCAGUAUCGAGUAUAUUGUUGAGAGUCUCCCAGAUAGGGGACGCUCUUGUUGGCAUCUUGGUGCUGUUUGGGCUUUGAGCCAAUUUCAGGAAAAUGAAUUGUUUCUGGGGAUGUAUCCUGAUGAACACUUCAUAGAGAAGCCAGUGAAAGAAGCCAUAAGGAAGUUCCGCAACACUCUUGAUGAAAUUGCCAGUGCCAUUGCUGAACGCAACAAAAACAAAAAACUCCCUUACUAUUAUCUUUCCCCAGAUCAAAUCCCUAAUAGUGUGGCUGUCUGAGUUAAACUUUGCAAAGAGUGAAGAGGCAGUGAGUGGAAUGACUGAACAUUUAUAACAAAUUAUCUAUAGGCUUGGAAGCAACCUGGAGCUUGAUUUGUGUAUUAUAAUUAUCAGUAAUCAAAAAGCUUUGCAUCUUAAAAACAAAUGUUUAUAGACUCUGCACCCCACCCCCAUUGUUUCACACAUUUGUUUCUUAUUUGGUGUGCACAUUGCCUUCCCCCACAUAUUUCUAUUAGAAGCACAUUGCCUUUGUUCACCAAACAGGAAGAUUUUUUUUUUUAUCUGGAGAAAUUCAGUACUUCCUCAGAUUCAUUGCAAUUGUGAUUUCAUAUGGUAAUGUUUGUUUUAAUUUGCCAGAGACCACACAUUCAGUUGCUAUACACAGCAGGCUUUCAUAUUGGAAAAACUGUGGGUUUCAUUUCCCUGCCUUAUCCCCACCUUCCACUUCCCUUGCCCAUUGUUAUCCCUCUCUACCUGGUCAUUCAUGUGGGCUAGCAAGCUGCUGGCAGCUCCUUUUGGGUUGCCGGCCGCCAGCUCCACAAUAGAACCCGGGGAAAGAAGUGUUCUGGCAGCAAGUAUUCCCCACUGCUGCUUAUGCAGUGCAUUGUAGGACUCCUAAUGGCCAAGCUUCACUUCUCCUUCCACACCACACACCAUAGCAACAAUCAUGUGGCCUGCUCAUCUGGAGGAAGGUAGGUAUAAACCUGCCUUCCCCCAAGUCCCAGCCCAGCCCAUGUGAACUACCUUUCUGUCACUCUAAGAACUGAUUAAAAGUUCUGUGUUGAAGAUGGUUAUUUUAUGCAUUGAAAGGCCACAUGAAGGAGGACGGGAACAGCUGCUUGCCUGUGACUGAAGUCAAGCUGUUAUAAAUCACCAUCUGGCAAACUCCAAAGCUGAAGAAACAAAGAGUCAGCAAGAAAGAGGACUGAGGCCAAACUACAUAUUAAGCCUACGAACAGAAGUGGGCUAUGCAUUAUCUGGCAGGAAAGAAGGCGGCAGAUAAGGAAGUCUAGAUCCUGAUAUAGCCAUUUGUGGCUUCUGUUCUCAUUGUAGCAUUUCUGAACUGGCAACCUGGAAAUGGGUGUGAAUGAAUUUCACAUAAAUUUGAAGUAAUCAUCCAGUAAUUUGGCCACCGACUGUUGGUAAGGUUACCUGAGCAGAAACAGCUCAGGGGGGUUCACACUGAAAAUUAUGAAAAUGGAGCAGAAGCCUGUAGGCACAAGGUGUAAUGAGCAAUGAUCUGUAAUUGCCACCCCAAAAAUUUCUCCUUGACACCCUGGCAAAAUCUCAGCCCUGGCUGAUCUAUUUUCAGUGCUUCUCCUUGGCUAAAAAGUAAUGCCUUCUGAAUCAUAUUACAGCCUUCCACUCAGUGAGGCAGCAGAGUAAUGCAGUAGCAUUUGUAUGCUAAUUGAUCUUCAGUUAGACUGAGAGACAUGGGGCCAUAGUACUCAGGAAUGACAGGAUCCUCUAGCAGGGAAGUUCCUUUGCUGUCCAAAGUGAAGACAAGACACUUUGUCUUCACUUUCUUGCUGUUUGUUUUAAAAUAUCCCUUAGAUUUUAUAACAAUUACUUUUCAGCUCUUUCCAGUACGAAACAUACUGAAAAACAUACGUUUUUUGCUUUAAAAAUCCACUCAUUGAUUCCUCAUUGGUGCAGAAUGCUGCAUGCUUUAGCUAUUGAGAAAAUGGGGGCGCUUUUGGUUGGCUUUCAUUGUCCCAUUUUGCAUUUCCAAGGUGGGAGAAUACCUUACAAAUGCAAAAUGGGCUAAUACAUGCUCUGCCUUGAGGGGGAAUUCAAGGCAAAACUGAAAGAUUCCCUCAAAAAGGAAUGAUAUAGCAGUCUCUUGCCAAUUGAAAGCCCAAUCCUGCACAGUGUGCAUGUACUCAGAAAUAAAUCAUAUUGAAUGUACAUAGUUGCAACCAAGGAAGCUUCCUAUACUGUACUUAAAAGCAGAACCAGUUUUAAGUUCAGCUUUGUUAGCUGAGACCAGGCUGCAUGGCUCCUGGGAGCCUGCAGACUGAUGGAAGCUGUUGUUUUCUGAAUGGCAACUUAAGACCUAAGUGCUCAUGCAUAAAUCAUUGAUAGAGGGGAGGGGAGCAUCUGUGAUUACAAUGAAUUUCUAGAUGAUUUCAUAUGCAUUAAUUAAGCCUUAUUACGUGCUACUCUGCUCAAGUUCAACACUGAGCAUUAAGAAAAAUGUCAUUUGCCAAAGUUCUCUUUUUAUAUCUAAAUAUUUAAGAGCAAAAGUGCCUUUUGAGAGACAGAGGGGGAGUGAAGUAUUAUUGUUAAAUUUGCAUUUAUUAGACAUUGAUUCAGAAAAUUGCAAUUUCUGUUGACUUUUGCACUACUUCAAUAUAAGUGCCCCAGGCUGCAAAUUGGUUUUAAAUGGCCAUAUAACCUGCCCCCACCAGACUUCUGUGACCCCCCUGCCCAAGAGUUUGAGGCUGGCUACGGAGUUUUUUGGUAUUUGAUAGGCCAUAGAGCCGAAUGUGAGAGGGUGAGAAGAAGCAAUAGGCCCAAUUAAGGCAUAGGCAGAGGAGAUGCCUAUUGUGGCAAAAUUUGAGGAGUGGCAAGUUGCUGCUCCUCAAAUUUUGUCAUGCCUCUGGGGGCUGUGGUAGCUGAGGGGAGGGUGUGUGUGAGGGGAACCCCCCCUUUGUCUCUAAAAAUCGCCAUCCCCCCUCUUUUUAACCUUUUCAAGAAAGUGCUAUCCAUGAAUUCACUGUGGUGGCCUCUGGCUUCUCCCCUCCAGUAACAGGGAGGGUUAUUUGCAAAAGGGGGCAUCACCAGAGAGCCCAAGUGAGCUCUUGCCACUCAUUUCAGGCUUCAUUUGCUGCCUGAACAUCCUUUAUUUUGCUCCCUCUCCCUCCAGUUAGGGAGAGAAAGCAAAAUAAACUGUUCAGGCAGCAAAUGGCUGCCUGAAAUGAGCAACAGGAGCUCACUCAGGCUCUCUGGAGCCCGGGCCACGUCCCAUUUGUGUGUAACAUUUCCCUUCUUGAAAAGGUAAACAAAAGGGGUACUCUUCCCUCCUCGCCCCCCUCCACCGUCCCUGCAGCCAACCACCUACACUGCUCCCAUACUGCCGUGGCAACGGCGAUUUUUAGAGAUGACAAGGGGAUUUCCCCUUGCGCACCCCCAUCACCAUGGUGGUAAAAGUUCUAUUUGCCUAUGGGUGGCAUAGAAGUUAAUCUAUCCCUGAAUAGGCCCAAGGAUUUCAGGAGCUGAUGUGAACAGCAGUGUUCCUUCUAAGGCGCACAUGCACACUCACACUUUUUUUUAAUGUCCGCUCAGUUAAUUUUAGAUCCCGCUCAGGCUGAAUCAGGAAGGCCCCGCUCUGAAUGCAUGUGUGAACACACUGCUUUUAUACUGCUGCCCAGAACAAAAUUCAUUCUGCACACAGAUGAAAAAAAUUAGAAAGAAUACUAGCGAAGAAGGAAAGAUUCAGUUCUUAUUUUAUUUUAUUGGUCAUUGCAGUCCUGGGAAGCAAGUGGUGUUUUUUGGUGUGUUUUUAGGCAAAUGAUUUGCAAUUUUAUACAUUAAUACCUACAUAAGAUGGGGGGGGGGAUCAGCUGCAAGAAAUAUGCAAUAAUGCUUUACAAAUAUUUUUAUAAUCAUUCUUCAUUAAUAAAUGACAUGGUCUUUCUUACAGGCCUGGCUUUAGAGCCAGCAAGAGGCCUUCCUAAAGUUCUUAUAUGUCACUUCAUUCAGUCCCUGAAUAAGCAUAUAAAUGUAUGUGAGGUUAUGUGUAUUUAAAAUAACUGAUGUCAUUCCAAGCUUCUUCUACAAGCUUCUUUAAAAGCCUUCUGGAAACAGAAAGAGCAUCUCUUCCAUUGCUGAAUUGCCUAUCAUUAUGUUGCCCUAAUGCUUAUGCUGAACUCUUCCCUAUCAGAUUCUUAGUUGAUAAAACUAAGUUAAAUUUUUAGUUGAUAAAACUUAUUUUAUCAAAUUCUUAGUUGAUAAAAGUGGUUUCCCCUGAUUGUGAUAUUCUUUGUUUCUUUUUUAUAAUAUUCAGAAGUGACAUGUUAUACUUAGAGCCAUGCUGAUUAGGUUUGCCUCACUUUUUAAUUUUGAUAAUUAAUAUAAAGCACUUGAGAAUAGAUCAUUGAAAUUACUUAGCUACUUCUAAAAUGCACUUCUUUGGAAAGUUGUUUGGUGGAAAAUAUUGAGCUAUUAUAUUGUGAAACAGUUAUAUCAGUAUGUUGGAAAUUCACAAAUUCUGUGGGAGAUAGUAGCAAUAUCUGUUUGAAUGUGGUGAUAAUAAACAAGAAAAUUUAUAUAAGAAAACUCACUAAACUAGCAUUACUUAUCUAUUGUUCUCAGUACUAUACCAUUGAGCUGUAUAGAAUGCAUUUCAUAAUUUUUUUGCUUUUGGAGAAUAAAACGGAAGAAAAUUUGGCAAAAUGGUUACUGGUAUAUGCUUUUCAUAUAACCUACAAGUUUCUUACAUGGGGAUGAUGCAGAAUUGUAGUAAAGACUAGCUUACUUGCAUUUAAUUAUAGAUCAAUUCUGCAAAAUUGAGGUAA